GUUUAGUCGGUUCGAAAAUUACAAAAACACUUUAAAUACUCAAUCAAAACAAGCAUUGAUUUUGCCAUAAGUGAGCUCUCCACAAACUUUUGAAAGUUAUGCCAGUAAAUUUUUUUUAUUUGCCCAUUUCACAAUACAUUUUUGAAAUCGGAUUUUUAUUAUUUUUAUUUGUUAUAAAAUAACUAUUUUUGGAAUUUCCUUUCGGACACAUUCCUCCGCGCGGCCAAAUUAUGAAUAAUAAAAAUCCAGAUCCAAAAAAUUCCAUAAAAUGUUCAAAAUCAAUUCUGGACAACCGAAUUGAAUUUAAGAAUGAAAUCAAAAACGAAAUUGCUCACGAUAUUAAUAAUGAUAAGAUCAAAGUAUAUGCGAUUUAUGAACAAAUCAUGCGACUAAUAGAAAGUAUUGAAUUGUCACUGUUCGCGGCGGAUCAGAAGUCACCGAUGCAUAUUGCUGCCAAAAUGCCACACAAUGCCUUUAUGUGGACCAAAGAGGCUUGGCAGGAACGCGUGCACUAUGGGCUUUAUUGGAUGAAAGUCAUUUCGAGGGCUGCAAAUCGAACUUGGUUGGAAGAACGGAAAAUGCAAGUGGACUUGAGACAACUAAAUGAUCUCGCACUUUCAAUACUAUUGUCGUACAUCGAAAAGGAGCAGAAGCAAGAAGCAUUUAAAGUGUUGCGAUCGACCGAAGAAUAUAACGAAUUGGACGAAUUAUUAAGCAAGGAGUUGAUUACCAAUACUAAUCAAUGGAAUAAAAUUAAAGAAGAGAAGCAGUCUUUUGACAAAUUAACUGCCACUUUAAAAGCACUAGAACAACAAUUCCUAAGUCUAAAUAUGAGGGAACUUUUAACUCAAAAGAUCAAAGAAAGAUACUUAAAACGCCAUAAUCAGGUAUCAGAAGAGCAGGCUAAACUCGCAGCUGAUAUUGAGAUGAAAGAGGUACAAAAACAAAUUGACCAUUACAAUAAGCGCAUAGAGAGUGAUGCAUUCAUAACAGCAUAUAAAAGCGAUGUUUAUCACAAUACUAUAGAGGUAUUGCGCAUUAAAAUUGCGAAUGUUGAAAAGGAAUUUGUGACUAAAGAAAUGGAAACAGAAGAUACGCGGCAAGUUUUGCAGACCGGCAUUGCGAAAUUGAAGACAACACUUGCAUAUCGCAAAGCGAAAUUGCGUCUUUUCCGCACAGCAGUACAGCAAUUCAGAGAAGGCGCUAUAACCGAUUUUACGGAGUUGAGAAACAGUGUAAGAUCACUUGGACAGUCGGAUAAGUCAUUUUUAGUCAAGUCGGAUAAGUCAUUCAUGAAUAAAUCGCCGAGCACGAAUGUAACUAAUAAAAUGGAGAGAUCCAGCAUGAUAAUAGAAGCUAAUUGAAAAUUAAUAUUAAAAAAAA